ACGCGCUCGCCAGCCACUUCCGCCCUCGCUUCCCAUCGAGCAAGAUGGCGGAGGAGCCGGAGUCCGUGCUGCAGCUCCCUCCGUCCGCUGCUGCUGGCGGCGAAGGACUUACGGAGGUCUCCCCAGAAACAGUCACUCCGGAGCCCCCUUCUUCCGCUGCGGUCUCUCCGGGGACAGAGGAACCUGCUGGUGACACCAAGAAAAAAAUUGACAUCCUCCUAAAGGCUGUAGGAGAUACCCCUAUUAUGAAAACAAAGAAGUGGGCUGUUGAGCGGACCCGAACCAUCCAAGGACUUAUUGACUUCAUCAAAAAGUUCCUUAAACUUGUCGCCUCAGAGCAGUUGUUUAUUUACGUAAAUCAGUCCUUCGCUCCUUCCCCGGACCAGGAAGUUGGGACCCUGUAUGAGUGUUUUGGCAGUGAUGGUAAACUGGUCCUACAUUACUGCAAGUCUCAGGCAUGGGGAUGAACCACAGAGAAAAACAACUUAGUAUUUACAGUGAAUUUUCACAGAAAUGAGAAAAGUUUUGAAGCUUAUGGCAAGAGACAUAAUAGAUAUGAUGGUCUGCUCAGCAUGUAUCUACCUUGACAAAGAUUACGCAUAAGAGAACAUCCGAAGAGUGGGUGAACAUACACAACUGUGAUUCAUUUUAAUGUACCAUUGUCGUAAGAGGUUGACAUUAGCGUAUAUCCACUGCUCCUCCCCGGCACUGCUAAUGUUGCCCUCAGUCUGCCUUCAGACUUAAAAAGGAGACUGAAGACUGCGGAAGCUCUCUGUCCAGCUCGCUCUCCAGAGGACUGGGAUGGCUCACUUGCAGUUAGCCCUCUGCCAUUCUUCCAUGGGGAAAGUUAAUUUGCUUAAGGAUGCGUUCUCUCCCUCCGUCCCUCCCCCUUCUUCCCUCCCUCUUUUCCUCUCCCUCCUAUCUCCCCCCUCCCCUUUUUUACUUCCUUAUUCAAGUUAACUUCAGUUUAUUUGAGUUAUGGGAUAUUUACAUUCAGGUCUGUCGUGUUACCUUCUUGCAGUACAGUCUCCACCUACCGGCUGAAUGCCUUACAUGGUCAAUAGAGGGCAGCCCAGCUGGCAGAAAGGGUUUAGCAGUUUGGCUUUACAUCUCUGCCAGCUCAUAAUAGGGGAAAAGGCUGUUCUUUCUCAUUUCUAGCUGUCAUCGAGCCAGGAAAACAAAUACGUUGAUACACUGAAAGACUGAUUUAGAGAAUAUGCAUGGUUUAAUUAUUUUUUGGAAAAUAGAAGGAAUUUUACAAAAUCUGGAUGAGUCACACAGCUCUUUUGAAUCCUAUUAUUUAAUGACGCUUUAGUCCCAGUGGUAUGACUGUGAUAUUAGUUACUCUCUUUAUUUAUACAAUGUCAAAAGCAUUCGAUGAGUAAACCUGGCAGAAUGUUUGACGUUUUAGGAUGUGCUUUUCAACUUGAAAACACUCAAAUAAUUGAAAAAUAGUCUUAUAUUUAUAUUUCUGUUUCAUGCUACAACUGGGAGAAUACCAAUUUUACUGAUGCCAUUAAACCGAUAAUUGCUUGAAGUGAGA